UUGCCAGUGCUUCAGCUGGCGGCGUGCAGAUGAAGCGUUGCGUCUCGUUUAGCACCGAUUCUGAUUAAUAAAACACUGUUUUCUCCUAGAAAAGAGCGCUGGAGCUCGACCACUGUAAUUAACUUUUCAUGCUGGCGACGUACUCGAAGCUUCCCACAAACAAAGCGCACGAGGCCGCGCUGUCGCACGGGGCCGCGGUAACGCGGGGUUUCUUAGCGUUUCUCCCUUUUUUUUAAUUUCUGUUCCUCGCCAUCCACGCAGCGUCCUGCAGAGCGGCAGCCGUCUGCGGCCGCGCGGUUGGGACGAGCCACCACCGGGUGAUCACUGCCCACAAAGACGAAAUCUUCCUCAUCUGCUACCGGUGUUUUUAUGUUUAAAAGUCAGAUUAAUAUUUUACAAAGGUGCCCCAGCGCCUCCCCUGAGGGCAGAACUUAGCGGGAGUCUGUGACAGGCCUUGUGUUGCUAGCGGAUUUUAAAAGCUUCCUUAUUUUGAGUGUUUUCCCAGGAUUUAGUGAUGGGAAUCCGUGCAGGGCUGCACGGGCAGCCCCUUGGCCGGGGCGGGUAGCGCUUUGGGCUUCAGACAGGUUUUUUCACAGGUUUUGCUGAAAAUGCUGCCUCUACUUGGCAGUUUACCAAGCAUCUCUACAACGUUGCAUCGCCUUCCUGCUCUGGUCACUCGCUGCCAGGGCUGUUUACUAACGGCUUUUUCCCCUAAAAGGAGGAGACGGCGACUGCUGUGUUUCCAAAACAAAAAGAAGUUGUAGGGAAGAUGCCGAGGUGACAGACGGCUUAGACGCGACAGGGCCGGCUCAAACCACGGAUUGCCAAGGAAAACCGAAGCCGACCAUGGAAGGGGCGGAGGAGCGGGAGGAGAAGGACCAGGGAAGCCGGGAAGCAAAUCCGCAGGGCAGUUCAAACGGCGAAGGAAAGGAGAGCGCUCCGGAGCAAAGUCAGGCGAAGCAGCUCCCCUCUGCUCCCUCACCCCAGGAAGCAGCAGACUGUAAUCCCCCAAAUUCGGGUAUCGGUCCGGGAUGGAAGCCGCCGGAGGCGACGACCCGGGAAGCGAGGUCCCAGGCGGAGGCGUCCGAACGGGCAAGUUCGACGGCGGCCGACACGGACGCGGGCGGCUCGGCGGCAGCUCCGGGGAGCGUCCGCGAGGAGCCGGACGAGCCUCCAACUUGCCGCAGGAUGGAGACUAUCAGCAACGGCCCUGAGGAAAACGUCGGCCUGGCAGAGCAGGGCGAGGGGGCGGCAUCCCCUCCCCAGGACGAGCCCCGCGAGGAAGCGCCUGCGAUCGAAGCCGCUUCCGUGUUUCCCGGUACUUCGGAUAAGAGCAGCCGCCAGGACGGGAGCCUCCCUCCGGAGCUGGCUGAACGUCACCGUGACGAGGAAAGAAACGCUAACGACCGAGCUGAGGAGCGCGGCGAAGCCGGUCGCGACACGGGGCCGCUGCGCGCGGCCGGCGCCAGCGCGGAGCAAAGCAAACCCGACCGUGCGCCGGACGGCUGGGUUGAAGAAGCGGCAGGCAGUAAAGAGGGGAGCGGGGAGCAGCAAAGUGCUGAAACGGAGGGUGAAAAGGAAACGAGGGACGACGUAACCGCGUCUGCGUUAGGAAACGCUGCCGCGGCGGAGGAGGCCGGCGCUCCGGAGGCCGCCGGAGAGCGGAGCGGAGGCGCCGGGGCAGCUCGGCAGCGCAGCCCGCGCGCGGAGGGCAGUGCCGCUCGGCCGGCCGGCCUCCCGCCGGCUGCGGAGCCGAGGACGGCGGCGGAUCUCUCCGAACCGGCACACGUGCGCACUCCCACGGCAGUUGGCCCGGGAGCCGAGGGCAGGAGUCACCCGCAGAGCCGCGAAACUUCGCUGCGUCCGACUUCCUACGAGGGAGAGGCGGAGAGGGGCGGAGGAGAGGCAGAGAGGGAAGGAAUACCGUCGCCAGGGACCAGCUCCGCGUCCGAACCCGACUCUGCCGUCCCCAUCCACGCGGAUUCCAUACGGAAGGAGAAACAAGAUCUCCCAGAGGAACGGAAAGAAAAUGGAAGCGAAAGAGCGCACGCGGGGCUCAGCGCCGGCGAGCCGCGUCUCGACGGGCUUGGAGAGAAACUGCCAGACGCGGAGCUCCCGCGAGGAAAGAUCCAGAUCCCGGAGGCAGAAGAGCAGCCGGCUCCCUGCUCCCGCGACCCGCUCGGCACGGAAAACGCCACGGAAGCGGCGCUUGCUGGAAAAACCCCGGAGCCCGUUCCCGCAGAACAUGUUCUCACGCAACUGGAAACAGAAGCAGCGACGGCCGGUCGCGCCGAGGAAGCCGACGCUCCUUCAGAUGACGGGAAACUGCUUUCCGCCGCGGAUGCGGGUUUGCCCGGCGGCGUCCCUGCGGAUACGGCCCCCGAGGACGAGCCCCGCUCGGCGGGGGGAGACGAGCUGCCUCCAGAAUUAGAACCGCUGUCUGACGGCGAUUCCCAGGCCGCCCUUAAAGACGGCAGCCCCGAACUUCCGCCGCAGCAGCCGUUCUCCGGUGAUAACCAACGCGGCUCCCCCGCGCCCGCCAGCGAGCCGCGCGCCGGAGGAGGACGAGGCGGCCUCGAACACGCAGCGCCGGUCGUUAGCGCGAGCGGCCCAGACGAGCCGCAGCCCAGCAGCGCCGAGGCGCCGGAGGGGCUUCACGCCCCCGCCCAGGAGGAGGAUGCGACGGACGUCGUCUGCGGGCUGAUCGCCGAGCUCUCGAGCCUCAACCGCCUGAUCAUGAGCGCCCACAGGGACCUGGAGUCUUGGAGGAGGCUGAAGUACCGAAAAAGCAGGAGAUUGGGGAAGUUUCCGCCCCCCCCCCGGGGGGCAGCGACCGCUUCCAGCGCUGCAAAGAAGUGGAAGGAGAUGUAGGGCCGCGCGGGGGGCAGAGGCAGCGACGGCACCGCUCGAUUCAACCGUUUAUUAACGCAACAAACGCGAACGCGAACGCAGAACAGUGCUUGAACGGCGCAACCGAAAACCGGCAAAUACAAUAACUUCAUAUGUGUAACAUAUAAAAUCUCUUUCAACCCGCACAGAAGUCGCGAAGUCGCUCUC